CCCCCCAAUGGGCGCCCAUGCUUGCAAUUCUUUUCACGGGCGACGCCGUGGUGGUACAGCUAGUUAUCAACAAAAAUAGACGAUGAGGAAAAAGAUCAAAAAUAUUUAGAAAAUUACACUAUGUGUAAGAUAUGUUAAUAUUUGGCCCUGGAAUACCAGCAUGCACUUAUCUUGGUUAUGUCCAUGAGGACUGUCCGAGUAUACCAGAUGAUGAUGUUUCAUCCAUACCAGAGGCUUGUACGUCUUUAAUUUACAAUGGGGUUUACGUGGAUAUAAACUAUCAUAUCUUUGGAGAUGUUCGCCCGGACUAUAAUAAAAAAAAUUAUAGAUGUGCGUAAAUCCGUCAAAAACAUGUCUUUAUUAUAGAGAAAGUCUGGAGUCGUUUAAUGAAAACGGUAAAUUUGCCAAAGACAACGCAGUUGGAUUUCUUACUUCUUAUAUAGAUUUAAAUGAUCCUUCAAAUCUCUGUAAAUGUGAAAAACCAUUUGCUUCGUUCUACGCUAUUCUAGAUGGUUUUAAUGAUGUUACAACAAAACCUUGUGAUCUACUUAUCAAAAAAUAGAAAACGUCAACAAGCUUUGGGCCCUGGAAUAGCAGGCUGCAAUCAUCUUGGUUUUAUGAAUACGGAAUGUGGUUUACCGGAAAUCGACGUUUCGUGCUUCCCAGAGGCUUGCACGUCUAUAAUUUACGAUGGGGUUUUCGUGAAUUUAAACUAUCAUGUCUUUGGUGAUCCUUGCUCGUGCAAUGCAAAAAAAGUUAUAGACGCUUUAGACAAAACAUUGCAGGCUAAGAGGCCUACAUAUCUAUACUACGGCCACAUUUCUCAAUCAGAAUGGACUCAAGUGCUUGCUUGCGAAGCUUGUAAUGGAGGAAUCAACUCAUUAGAUGAAAUGAAAGGCUUAAAGGCCUUUUUGGACGAGCAUCCAGGGAUCACUGGUCUUAUCCUAACAACUUUCGAGAAUGACAAUUAUUCCAUAGAAUUUCCGGGAUUUUCUGAAAAUUUAAAAAAAUAUCUCGAGGUAAUGAAAACGUCUUUUCCUCAAUUGGAAAUUGGUAUUGAAGUAUCAGGAAAAUUUUUAAUAGAUCAGUUUACCGCUCCGGUGAUACCUUGGUUGGAUAUCAAGGUUAUAGAUCCUGUAACGGAUUUCUUCGUUAUUUCUGUAAUGUUUCUGAAUGACUGCACUUGUGAAAAUGACUUGUUCAGUUCUGGAGUAGCUCCAAUGACUUCAAAAACUACAAAUUAUACAUUGGAAAAAUUAAAAUGUAUCUUACCGGAGGCAUCUUUUCCAAAAGAAAAAACAUAUUUUAGAUUUAGAGUGAACCCUUCGUCCGACCCCAAUGAUACAAAUACUAGAUGUGAUUUGACUAUUCAAAAGAUGUGCACACAUCCGUCAGAUACAUGUCUUUUUUGUUCAGAUACUCUGGAGUCAUUUAAUGAAAAAGGUAAAUUUGCCAAAGACAACGGAGUUGGAUUUUUUACUUCUAAUUUAGAUAUAAACGAUCCUACAAAUCUCUGUAAAUGUGAAAAACCAUUUGCUUCAUUCUACGCUCUUCUGGAUGGUUUUAAUGGUGUUACCUCAAAACCUUGUAAUUUAUUUAUCAGAAAAUAGAAUUAGAUAAUUUUUAUCAUUAUAUUUCUGGAAACUUACAUGGCCGUAACUGGAGGUCAUAUCCAAAGGUCCGGAUUCCGCUAUUUUUUUUUAAAGUAGACAAAAAAUAACCAGUAAAUAUUUUAACCAGAAUAGUUUUAUAUUUUCGUUUAAAUAUUUUUUUUUAAUCAUCACCAGAAAUUUAUUUCUAGUUACGGCCCUGGUAUAGAUAACAAUAAUAUUAUAUAAAAUGUGUGAUAUUUAUAUAAGCUUUAUUAUAAUUUAUUAGCAAAAUUCAAAAAUAUACCAAUAUAUUAUCUACUAAAA